UGCGUAUUAUUUAAUUACAAUUGCUCGAGUGUUGCGUAGGUUAAGUAAAAGCAAUCCUGUUUUUUUUUUUCUAAAAUGAGUGAUGUUACAGAAGAUCUAAAAGAUAUAUCAAUAUCAGAUUCCAGUUAAUUAUGUUGUAUCGACACAUUUCUAAAUUUGCUUGCUUAAUAAAAGUAUCUUCUUUACAACACAUAAGAAGAUCAUUAACAAAAACAUGUGGAUACCAUAAAAUUGAGUUUAUACCCAGCAGAAUUAUUUUCAAAGAGCAAAAAUUUAUAGAGAGAACAUUUAGCUCCUAUAAAGAUAAACCAGCAGUAUAUACAUCGGAAAGUACUGGUAGUGAUGAAAAUGGAAAUGGGACUGAGUCAGCACCAUUCAAAACUGUACUUCAAGCAAUGAGACAUGUUGGUCAAGAACCAUUUCCAGUUAUAAUGGUUGAUGCUAAGAAUUCAGAAUCCAACAAGUAUGAAGUAAUAGCCAAAGCUCAGUUAAAGAAAAUGGUAAAACUUUUUUCACAGGAGCAACGAAAAGCUGAAGAUAGAAUAAAAAGAGAGGCUGAAAAAGCUGCUCAGCACGAAAAAAAUUUGGAAGAAGCAAGAGGAAUUGUUAUUGUAGAAGACAAAUCCCUUCCUGCUGCUAAACUGAUUAAAAUUCGAAGCACCAAUGAGCAUAGAGAAGAAAGGGUUAAAAUUUAUGGUUGGGUUCAUCGUCUGCGUCAACAAGGAAAAAAUCUAAUGUUCAUUGUGCUUAGAGAUGGAACAGGAUUUCUUCAAUGUGUUUUAAAUGAUCAGCUUUGCCAAACAUACAAUGCUGUCAGGUUAAGUACUGAGUCGUCAGUACUGUUGUACGGAACUAUACAAGAACUUCCUGAAGGAAAAUCAGCACCUGGUGGUCAUGAAAUGAUUGUUGAUUAUUGGGAAGUUGUUGGAUUUUCUCCUGCUGGUGGUCUUGAAAAUGUUGUAACUGAGCAAUCCAGUAUUGAUACACAACUUGACAAUAGACAUCUUACCCUACGUGGUGAACAUUUGUCCAAGAUUUUAAGAAUAAGAUCUACUGUUACUCAUUGUUUUCGUGAACAUUAUUUUGCAAGAGGUUAUGUAGAAAUAACUCCUCCUACAUUAGUUCAAACUCAAUGUGAGGGAGGAAGUACUUUGUUUAAAUUUGAUUAUUUUGGAGAACCUGCAUACUUGACUCAAUCUUCCCAGUUAUACUUAGAGACUGCAAUUCCAGCAGUUGGUGAUGUGUUUUGCAUUGCUCAAUCAUACAGAGCAGAACAGUCAAGAACAAGAAGACAUUUAGCAGAAUAUACUCACGUAGAAGGAGAAUGUCCUUUCAUUGAUUUUGAAGAGCUACUCAAUCGAAUAGAAGAUUUGGUUUGUGAUGUUGUUGAUAGAUUUUUAAAGUCAAAAGAAGGUGCAUUGCUAUCAGAAUUAAAUCCAGAUUUUAAAGCUCCAAAGCGUCCAUUCAGGCGUAUGAAAUAUAGUGAGGCCAUAGAAUGGCUAAGAGCAGAUGGCUACAAAAAAGAUGAUGGCACUUUUUAUGAAUUUGGAGAGGAUAUUCCUGAGAUGCCUGAAAGACGAAUGACAGAUACUAUCGGCGAGCCUAUUCUUUUGACACAUUUUCCUGCUGACGUAAAAGCCUUCUAUAUGCAGAAAGAUCCAAAAGAUAGAAGAGUCUGUGAAGCGGUUGAUUUGCUUAUGCCUGGUGUUGGCGAAGUUCUUGGUGGAUCUAUGAGAAUGGACAGUUAUGAUGAGCUUAUGGAAGCUUACCAAAAAAAAGAAUUAGAUCCUACACCUUAUUAUUGGUAUACUGACCAAAGGAAGUUUGGCACUAGCUCUCACGGUGGUUAUGGUCUUGGUUUAGAUCGAUUUAUUACUUGGUUAGCAAAUAGAAAUCAUAUUAGGGAUGUAUGUUUCUAUCCAAGAUUUAUAGGAAGAUGUACACCCUAGUGGAUAACAUUGAAAAAACUGCACAUGUAUUUAUUUAA